AUGAAAAUCCUCUAUUCAAUCCUCACUCUGGCACCAUUCCUCCUUUUCUCUUCCUCAGCCAGAGGUAUCGGUAAGUCGUCACAGCCAAAGGGACAAUCCGGCGAUUAUGAAACAUGCGAAACUUCUUACAAUGUUCCAAGCUGUUCACCUUGCCAAAAUACUCUAUACUCAUACUCCCUUACCGAAACCAAAAUUGACAAAUGUAUUUUCAAAACCGAUAAAAUGAGCUUUGAUACAUACCAAAGGCUUUGUAUUCCAGAAUAUAAAUCUAAUGCUUAUGAUGAUUGUAAUGAAAAGACCGCCACCGAUAUUGCCAAUGAUUUGUUAAGUAGUUGUGCUUAUGAGUUGAAUAAUAUUAAUAAGAAUGGUACUUUGUCGCAAUCAGUCUGGGUUUCUCUCUUGAAUAAAUAUUUCUCUAUCGCUUAUUUCGCCGUGCCAGCUUUUAAGGCUAUAUGUAUUCCUGAUAGGAGUAAUGGGAGUAAUGGCUAUGAUGGAUUUUGUGGUCUGAACGUAGUCGACCAAUUCCGAAACCACUCACUCAAUCUUAAUGUGGCUCUUUUCCCACCAAACGGUCAUAUCGGGGACGCCAACAGUAACAUCAAGAUACCCAAUGAAAUACUUUGCUCGGAUUGUUAUCUUAAAAUUACAAACGCCUAUUUGAGCUGGCUAUCCGCCUAUCAGUUGCCAAACAACAUUUCUGUUAACGGAUAUAUUAGCGGACUUUAUGUUAAUGAAUUUAACGAAUCACAGAUGCGUGAUACAUUGAUUCAGGCGUGUGGUAGCAAUAGUUUGACUGUUGUUGAUAAUUCGACCUAUGAAAAUACAACCACGCCGAAAAACACUAGUUCGACUGGGGAACGUGCAAUGCCAGAUCUCAGAUGGUUGACAUUGAUUGGUCCUAUUAUUACUGCUGUGGUUGUAUUGACCUUCUGUAUAGCGUGCUGCAAAAGGGCGUUUAAUACAAAAUCAUCGACUCCACACCACCCUGAGACGACUGGAGCUAUGUCUAAUCAUGUCCCCGUAGCUAUACUAUAUGUUGCAAAUGAUUCAAAAACAUUAACAAAGGAUUUCAAUGUUUCUAAAAAUAUGUAG